CUGCAGACGCCGCGCUUCUCGUGCUCCUCAACACCCACCCACCUCUGAGGGUUAUGGGUUGUGUAUGCAAGCAGCAGCUAGCAACAAAAAUGAUGCGCCCGUAACAUCAACGAAGAGACAAGCUAGACGGCUAACGCUGUGUUUUCUCGGUGUAGGUUGAAGUCUCUUAACCGGCGAAUGAAUGGCAAUGACGGCAGCGAGAGCGGUGGCAGCGGGGGGCCCGGCGUCUUUGUCCCGGUUCAGGGGAGCGCUGGUCGCGGCUGUGCUGGGCGACUGUGUCGGCGGAGAGUUUGAAGGAGCAGAGGAGGUUCCCAUGGAGAGUGUGCUGCAGCACCUGGGCGGCCUGGACGACGAGACUAAAGGAAACGCCAUUCUUGAGUACAGUGAUGACACAGCGAUGGCACGUUGUGUGGUCCAUUCUCUACUCACCCGUGCUGGCUUUGAUGAGCGGGACAUGGCUCGCAGGUUUGCAAAGGAGUACAGUUCAUCCCCUGGUCGUGGUUAUGGUGCUGGCGUGAUCCAGGUGCUGAAGAAGCUGUCCUCCCCCCAGCUCAGUGACGUGUACCAGCCAGCCAGGGACCAGUUUAAUGGUCGGGGCUCCUUUGGGAAUGGGGGGGCCAUGAGGGCGGCUCCCUUCGCUCUGGCUUUCCCUGACGUAGCUGAUGUGAAAAGGUUUGCCCGUCUGGGUGCCAUGCUUACCCACUCCUGCUCUUUGGGUUAUAAUGGAGCAGUGCUGCAGGCGUUAGCUGUGCACCUCUCCCUGCAGGGGGCGCUAGACUUACCCCAGCAGUUCAUCAGCAGGCUAAUCACAGAGAUGGAGGAAGUGGAGGGCGAUGAGGCGGCACGCAAAGAUGCCAGAAUUCUGAAGGAAGCAGAGAAGCCAUUCUGUGAGCGCCUCCACAGAGUCAGAGACCUGAUGGACAGGAGCAAGGUCAGCAUAGAGGAGGUCAUCUCUGAACUGGGUAAUGGCAUUGCGGCGCUCCACUCAGUCCCCACUGCCAUCUUCUGUGUCCUCCACUGCCUGCAGCCACGGGAAUGCCUUCCAGAGAACUACGGUGGCCUGGAGAGGACAAUCGCGUACAGCCUGGCCCUGGGAGGAGACACGGACACCAUAGCCUGCAUGGCUGGGGCCAUCGCCGGGGCCCACUACGGUAUCAAGGCCAUUCCACAGUCCUGGAUAAAGUGCUGUGAGGGGGCGGAGGACGCGGACAUGAAUGCAGAGCGGCUUCACAUGCUGUACCACCAGUCGUCAAAGGGGAGUGGGAGUGGGACAGGGGAGCAGAGCUGUGGGGUCACAUCUGAAAACAAGUCAAACACAUCUAAUGGUACAGAGAAGAAAAAUGAUGCAGAGUGAUGCUUCAGAUGGAUUUUGACUAAAGGACUUUCACACACAGACACAUGUUAAACAUACACAAGAGACACUUUGACAUUUUCUGUUUCAGAUUUUUUUGGUUUGAAAAACCUCUUUUUGUCCAGCAGGUAUUGAGAGCUGCAAGCUUACCGGUAUGUGGAAAAACUAACAUCUCCCAAGAAACAGAACAUUAAAUCAGAACAAAGAAAACUGUAAAAAGUUGCAUCCUUAUUUUGAAAAUGUGACACUUCUGGGUUACAAACUGAACAAGCUACUUUGAAUCCCGGUCAUAUAGAAAUAUGGUCUGCAUAUGCAUACACAGCGUAUUAUACACAACCACCGUUCCCCCUCUCUCCUGUUUUGUGUUGAACAAUCUUUUGUCAUGUGACAGUUGCACUAUGAACUGGCCAUGUUUUGUUUUAUCCCUUUGGUGGACAAUAAUUUAAUAAACUUUUUUUAAAUUCA